AUAUUACAAACUUGGAGCAUCUGUGAUGGGAAUCAAGACAAUAGCAUAUCUACUACGCCAUGUGAUCCAUUACACACCCAAGGAGGUCCAGUCACGCGAGCUAGAGCUAAGAAGAUGCGUGAAGCUUUAAAUGGCCUUAUUGAGCAGAUCUGGGUUGAAAACAACAUACAACAAGCAAAUCGAAGCUUGGAUGAUCAUCAAGGCAUGGUAAACAACAUUCAGGUUCAAGAGAAGCUUAGUUGAGGUCAUUUGCACGGAAUUACACAGUUUACGUAGAGAACAAUGAGACCCACAACACGACAAGGGAUUUCUAAACUCCAUGAAAGCUAAAUCAGGUUUUAUAAUAGGACCUUGACCCAUUGUUUAUGUCAUAACAAGAACCAAAGGUAAAAACCUUGACCCGUUGUCUAUGACACAACAAGAACCAAAGGUAUAAAGUUGGUUGACGCCA